ACCUAGAAGCGUUGUUAGCGUUUAGUCUGCCGAGACGUGAUAUCUACAAGCGAGAGCUGAAACCAUGAAAGUUGCUGUUGUACUUCUGUUAUUCAGCGCUGUUGUUGCUGUGGUGACAGCUGCACCUUCGGACUCAUCCUCACAUCACAGGGCUACAAGACAGCUUCCCAGUCCACCAUCUCCACCUGGCUUUGAUGGAUCGACUGACUCCUUUCCUGGAGCUGACAAGUUUAAACUGCCACAAUUGCCUACUCCUGAAGAAGCAGCAGUCAAAGUGCUGGAACAUAUUCCCCAGCCCAUGCUUGAUGCUGCAGCGACAGCUGGAGAGACAGUUGAAGGAUUCAUGCCAUCAGAGAUCAGUGAUGGAAAAUUUGAAAACUUUGAAGACAUUGCAGCAAAAGGCAUGGAACAAGCAGGAAAGAUGGCUUCAAACUUUGGCAUUGGCGACAGCUGAAGCAAGAGUACAAAUCUUCAUGACAGGAUUGUAAACCCUCUUCCAGUUCUU